AAGUGCUGCUGACUUCCUUGUUUGCUCUGUAUACCUGCUGUCAGUGUCGAUUCACCUGUGGCCUUACCGGGUGGGAGGAAGAGACAGAAGAAGAUAACAUAAGAUCAACUUUAUUAAUCCCCAGAUGGUUAAAGAGAAGAAACAAGAGAUUUAGGAAGCGUUUGAGGACAAUAGGUUGAAGUGAAGUAAGAUGAGGCUUUGACAACAAGACCAACAAGGCAAGAGAAACAACCGACAAGUGACAAAAGAAGCUACCGACCUCAUCUCCUCUCAUCAUGUCUCAGUCCAAGCCGGUGGAGCAGCUUGAGCAUGAGCUGAGCUGCCCCAUCUGCCUUCAGCUGUAUUUCGAUCCGGUGGUUCUCCCCUGCGGCCACAACUACUGUCGAGCCUGCAUCUCGAAGACUGUCGAUACCGCCAGCAAAAAUGACAAAACACUUCCACGUUGCCCAGAGUGCCGCGAGGAGUAUCAGGGUAUGGAUUCCCUGCAGAGAAACUUCAAACUGUGCAGCAUCGUCGAGGGCUUCCAAGCCACGGCACUGCAGCCGGACAGGCAGCCUGAGACUGUGCCUGAGAAGAUGGAGGUUUUCUGUGACCACUGUAUAGACGAGCAGUCGCUGGCUGCGAAGACCUGCAUGAAGUGUGAGGUGUCGCUGUGUCUCAGGCACUUCCAGAGACACCAAGAGAAGGAGUCGUUCCGGGCACACGAUGUGGUGGAGCCACAUGAGCUGGGGAUGAAGGGCUGUGCCACUCACCGCCGUCCCCUUGAGUACUUUUGUUCCAACGACAUGGCGUUGCUGUGCGCCCAAUGCUUCAUAGAGGGCCAUCACCACCAACACGACGUUCUUACCUUCAGUGUAGCUGAAGAAGAGAUGAGGCGAGCACUGGAGAGCCGCAGCAAGGUGGUUUCCUGCCGGCUGCAGAUGACAGAGAGUCUCCUACAGAAGACAACAGAGGAGCAAGGAGCCUCUGAGGCUAUAGGGGACAAACUGGUCAACAAGGCUGUCACUCUCAUGGACAGUAUGGCUGCGCUAGUGGACAGGUACAGGGAGUGUCUGCGUCUGCUAUUGGAGGAGGAGAGAGGCCAGCGCCGAAAAAGCUGGCAGCUCGGACUGAGUGCGCUGGAAGAGCAACAGCACCAGUUAAUGGAGGCCCAGCACAGUGCCACACAGGCCCUAAAGGAGACAGACACGUGCAUGUUCAUACACAGGUUUGUGUUAAUUGAACAGAAGCUGAGAGAAGCUAUCACAGGCACCACUCCCUCCAAGAUCCUCUCAAAAGCUCCAUUCAACACCAAGCGUCUCCAGGACGGCCUCAAAACCCAAGACUUCCGCUCAGAAAUGACCCGCUUCCUGGAUUCCCUCCAUGUCCUCCUCAACCCUCUGGACCUCACCUUCAACCUCUGCACUGCCCACCCCAGCCUGAUAGUCUCCAAUGAUCUGCGCACAGUCAAGUACAGCCCCUCCAAGCAGGCGUAUGUGGAGCACCCAGAGCGUUUUACAAGCGCACCCCAGGUUCUGUGCAGCCAGGGGUUCUCGGGUGGUGAGCAUGUUUGGGUGGUAGAAGUGGGCGCCAAAACCAUGUGGUCGCUGGGUGUGUGUUACAAGAACAUCCCUCGUCGUGGUGACCACAGUCGUCUUGGACACAACUCUGUGUCCUGGCGCCUGCAGUGGAAAAACGGCAAGCUGACAGUGUGCCAGUCCUCCUGUAACAUGGCUCUGGGAGAAGUUACUUUUCCGCCACUGAAGAUUGAGAUAGCGCUGGAUUAUGAGGGGGGGACUUUGAUGUUCCACAGCACCAAAGGGCGUAGGGAGCACCUCCACACAUUCAGGGCUGUGUUUAGGGAGCCGGUUUACCCAGCAUUCAGUAUCCAUUCAAACACACCAGAGUCCUGGAUCACACUGCAGAGUGGGAUUUGAGCACUUCUAUUUCCCAUGAAUAGAACUUAUUUAGGUGUUCAAACAGUAAACUAAGCUGAACUCAGAUUUUUCUUUGCACGUUUGCAUUUGAAAUACAAUAAAAAGCACAGAUUGACUCACAAUUCUGCCACAAUGGUGCAUUCAUCUGGAAUUGUAUUGCAGUGGAAACUUGACUUCCCUGCUCUAAAAUUAGCUUUGUUUUGCAGUUGUCAAGUCCCACAAUUCCGAGGUUUAGCUAUCACAAAUAAGGUCUCAGGACAGUGGGAAGUAAGGCUUUAUAAUGCCAUGCUAUUAUACAGCAGUGUUUAUUUGCUAUCUGGUAUGACUGCAUUUGAACUGGAGCAUUUUAAUCAUGAAAUAAUUUGUUUACAAAAACUUAAUAUUCUAUUCAUGAUUAGGCUGAAGUAGUAUGUAGACCAAUACAGGUGUAGCAAUACAAAUGGAUUUUGGGGCAUUUGUGGGUUGUUGUUUUUUUUGCAUUUAGCAUUGUCUGUUAAUUAAAAGUUAACUGAUCUCUG